AACACCACAACACAACUCUUCGUAUACAGGAUAAGAAGAAAAUGAGCUUUGAGGAGGAGAAAGUCGCUGGUGGACAAUACGUCAACUAUCCAUCACCACAUUUGACGCCUGAUAAGUACGUUCCGGUGGACACCUUCAGCGCCACGAGAAGUGCUCUUGGUUACGGUGCAGCAUUUGGUUUGUUGACUGUUGCUACGCAAAAUGCGGUGCAGAAGAGCAGAGUUGGUCCAUUGGGUAUCAUCACACGUUCCGGUACCCUUUGGGGUAUGAUUGUUCUUGUGUCCGGGUCUUACAAGUUUGCCUCCUCUGUUUUGUCGAACCUUAGGGAGAAGAAGGAUACCUUGAACGAGUUCUACGCCGGUCUCGUUGCCGGUGCCGUUGCAGGUUUGCCAACCAAGUCUCUUGUGAAGGCUGCUGGCUGGUCCUUUGCCGGUGGUGUCAUCACCGGGCUUGUGUACUGGUCUGGCUCGAUCGUCGGUCAGCUUGGAUCCAGUUCAUACGCAUACCGCGGUGUCGGCGUUGAAAACAACUUCAAGCCAAAGCCAGCGGAUGAGGCUCAAAGACAAGGAUUCUGGGACGUCUUGAGAAGACGUCCAUUGAGUCAAACUCUGGAACAGCUCGGAGAAGGUGCCUUCAAGCCAUAGAGAGCGUGCUUACCCUCUUCUCGUUGUUUUGAACUAUUUAUUACCUCCUUUUUUUCUUUAUUGAACAAUUUAUUUAUUCCGAUAUAUGCUCCUAUAUAUCAACAAACACUUCUAUUUAUUCAUUACAUAUAUAUAAGCAUGAGCCAUGAAUGUACAUCUCAUCUGAAGUAUUUCAA